GUUGGUGACACACAACUCUUCACUUAAAUCCAAUGCACAUUGAUACAGUCCAUGUGAUGCCAACGUUUGCUCCAAGAGUACAUCCAUGAAAUUUUCUUGCAUUUAGUUUGGUGAUGAGAAGAGACCAUGUUCAAGGAAAAUGAAAUAACUAGAAAACUGGGAAUUUUUUUGGAAGAGUGUGACCCGCAAAGAUGCAGGAGUGGUCGUCCCUGGAACUUCAGUUUGAGAGAAAUUCAUGACUUUAUUCUCAACGCAGAUAAAAAAAGUAGUACUGGGGAAAUGCUUUUUGUAAGUAAUGAAGGUGGGGAGGCCUUUCCUCAUCAACAAAUUCCUGUUAAAAAAGAGCCUGAGGAAUGUAAUGAAUGGGAAGCACAUCAAGGAAUCCACAUUGGAGAGAAGCCUUAUGAAUGGAAUCAAUAUGGAAAUUCUUUCACACAGAAAGGCCAUCUUGCUAGACAUGAAAAAAUCCACACUGGAGAGAAACCUUAUGUAUGUAAUCAAUGUGGAAUGGCUUUCCUAUAUAACUGCCAUCUCAGUAGACAUCAGAGAAUCCACACUGGAGAGAAACCAUUUGCAUGUAAUCAGUGUGGAAAGGCUUUCACACACAGCUCCAGUCUUGUCACACACAAGAGAAUACAUACUGGAGAGAAACCUUAUGUAUGUAAUCAAUGUGGAAUGGCUUUCCCAUACAGCUACUGUCUCAGUAGACAUCAGAGAAUCCACACUGGAGAGAAACCUUUUGAAUGUAAUCAAUGUGGAAAGGCUUUCAUGCAGAAGAGCCAUCUUGGUGAACAUCAGAGAAUCCACACUGGAGAGAAAUUUUUUGAAUGUGACCAAUGUGGAAAGGCUUUUACACACAGCUCCAGUCUUUUCACACACAAGAGAGUCCACACUGGAGAGAAACCUUAUGUAUGUAAUCAAUGUGAAAAGGCUUUCCUAUGUAGGACCUAUCUCAGUAGACAUCAGAGAAUCCACACUGGAGAGAAACCUUUUGAAUGUAAUCAGUGUGGAAAGGCUUUCAUGCAGAAGAGCCAUCUUGCUGAACAUCAGAGAAUCCACACUGGAGAGAAACCAUUUGAAUGUAAUCAAUGUGGAAAAACUUUCAAGCAGAGGUACCAUCUUGCUUCACAUCAGAGAAUCCACACUGGAGAGAAGCCUUUUAUAUGCAGUCAGUGUGGAAGGGCUUUCACGCAGAGUUCCCAUCUUGUUGCACAUCAGAGAAUCCACACUGGAGAGAAGCCUUAUGGAUGUAAUCAAUGUGGAAAGGCUUUCCGAAUAAGGCAGAUACUUUCAGCACAUCAAAGAAUCCACACUGGAGAGAAGCCUUAUAGAUGUAAUCAGUGUGGAAAGGCUUUCACACAGAGUUCCCAUCUUGCUGCACAUCAGAGAGUCCACAGUGGAGAGAAACCUUAUGAAUGUAGUCACUGUGGAAAGGCCUUCAGAAUGAGCUCCAAUCGUCGUAAACAUCAGAGAAUCCAUACUGGAGAGAAACCUUACAAAUGUAAUCAUUGUGGAAAGGCUUUCACACAGAGAUGUGGUCUUAUUGCACAUCAGAAAAUCCACACUGGAGAGAAACCUUAUGUAUGUAAUCAAUGUGGAAAGGCUUUCACAAAAAGGGGCAAUCUUGCUGCACAUCAGAAAAUCCACACUAGGGAGAAACCUUAUGGAUGUAAUCAGUGUAGAAGGGCUUUCACAGAAAGCUCCCAUCUUGCUGCACAUCAGAGAGUCCACCGUGGAGAGAAGCCUUAUGAAUGUAAUCAGUGUGGAAAGACAUUCACACACAGAUCCAGUCUUAUUGCACAUCAGAGAGUCCACAGUGGAGAGAAACCUUAUGAAUGUAAUCACUGUGGAAAGGCUUUCAGAAUGAGCUCCAAUCGACGUAAACAUCAGAGAAUCCAUACUGGAGAGAAACCUUACAAAUGUAAUCAUUGUGGAAAGGCUUUCACACAGAGAUCCAGUCUUACUGUACAUCAGAGAGUUCACAGUGGAGAGAAACCUUAUAAAUGUAAUCAUUGUGGAAAGGCUUUCAGAAUGAGCGCUAGUCAUCGUAACCAUCAGAAAAUCCACACUGGAGAGAAACCUUAUGAAUGUAAUCAUUGUGGAAAGGCUUUCAUGCAGAGAUCUGCUCUUACUGACCAUCAGAGAAUCCACACUGGAGAGAAACCUUAUGUAUGCAAUCAAUGUGGAAAGGCUUUCACAAAAAGGGGCAAUCUUGCCGCACAUCAGAAAAUCCACACUAGGGAGAAGCCUUAUGGAUGUAAUCAGUGUGGAAAGGCUUUCACAGAAAGCUCCCAUCUUGCCGCACAUCAGAGAAUCCACAUUAAGGAGAAGCCUUAUGGAUGUAAUCAGUGUGGAAAGACUUUCAUGCACAGGUGCCGUCUUACUGCACAUCAGAGAGUCCACCGUGGAGAGAAGCCUUAUGAAUGUAAUCAGUGUGGAAAAGCUUUCAUAACCAGGUGCCGCCUUACUGCACAUCAGAGAGUCCAAUGUGGAGAGAAGCCUUAUGAAUGUAACCAGUGUGGAAAGACCUUCACACAUAGCGGCAGUCUUGCUAGACAUCAGAGAAUCCACACUGGAGAGAAACCCUAUGAAUGCAAUGAAUGUGGAAAGGCUUUCACACACAGCUACAAUCUUGGUAGACAUCAGAAACUCCAUGGUUGAGAGAAGCCUUAUGGAUGUAAUCAAUGUGGAAAGGGCUGUCCUCCAUCCUUGCUUUACAUCAGAUAAUUCACACUGGGGAGAAACCCUAGGAACUUCAUUCCUCAUAUGUGAGUACAGGAUAUAUUUACUGUGUUCAUGUGUCAAUAAUCCUUUGCAGUAUUAGUUCAAACUCAUGCAGUAUUCAGAAACCUUUCCUGCGUUCAAUUUUGGUGGCAAAAUUCAGCACAUGCACAUGAGUUCUCAGUUAUAUCCAAAUAAGUUUUUGAUAGGUCUUAAAAUCCCAGAGUCGGUCUGGUCUGUAGGUAAGCCACAGGAAGGGGGAGUACAUAUAGGAAUGUCAGCAGGAAUUAAAAAAUCUUAAAUUCACUGAAUAAGCGGAAGGGAACAACUAGCACAGGAAAUGAUGGAGAGGAAAGCUGGUGGAAUGUUGGAUAAGGAGGACAAUCAGCACAAACAGUACAUUCUGGAGUCUUGUGUCAAUACAGUGACGACUAGUUUACACCCAGUGAAUAGCUGGUUCAACAAUGUAACUUUCCUGUGUGCUAAUUAUUAAAAUAAUCUCAUUUAAUUUUUUUUCUAAAUGGUGGCAGGUUAUUAUUAUCACUCAUUAUUUAAAGUUUAACCCAUAAGUUUCUUUACUUUGGUUAGCAGGGUCCUAGUAUCUUUUAUUGCAGCCUUACAGAGUUCCUGAACACUGUCAGCAGGGUUGGGGAGAUCUGGUCACAGGUUAAGUCAGAAGUCCAAAGGAACCUCACAGACAAAGAUUUCUUCAGAGGAUUUUGCUAUGCUUUUCUCCCCACAGUUAGUCACUUGCUGUUAUCAUUAGUUUCUGCAUUAAAAUAAAAUAUGCUUCAUUAUUUUUCAAAUAUUUUGUCUCAUUCUAUAAUAGAUACCUUUAAGGUCUAACAGCCUCCAGAUCAAAGGUAA